AUUGCCCGCCAAAGUGUUUGGUUAUUAUAUGUGUAUUGUAUUUGUAUUUAUAAGUCAAACAAACAAACAAUUAUUUUUAGUUAAUCAUUGAAAUCAAUCAAUUGAUCGGACAAUUAGCUAACAACCCGAACACACGCUGACCACCAAACAGUAGUAGUUAGCUAUGUCUUUAUUGUGCGACAAAUAUCGGCCGACAACACUGGCCAAGUGUGACUUCAAUCAGCAACAAUGUCAACGUAUGCGACGGCUAAUAUCGACCGGCAAUUUCCCGCAUCUACUGAUCUACGGACCGUCGGGUUCGGGCAAGAAAACCCGUGCCUAUGCACUGCUGCGCGAGGUGUUCGGCGUCGGUGUCGAGCGGCUAAAACUGGAACACAAACAAUUCGAGACCAGCUACGGCCGCAAGUUUGACCAGACAGUAAUGUCCAGUAACUAUCACCUCGAAGUUAAUCCGAGUGACGCCCAGUUUUUCGAUCGGCUGGUCGUCCAGCAGCUGAUCAAAGAGUUGGCUACCAGUGCAUCGCUGACCGACAAACAUAAGUUCAAAGUUGUCGUAAUCACCGAAGCCGACCGAUUGACUCGCGAAGCCCAACACGCCCUGCGCCGUACACUCGAGAAGUAUGUGGUCACCUGUCGUGUGAUACUUAUAGCCGAAAGCGCGUCGCCAAUCAUACCGGCCGUCAAAUCGCGAUGUUUGUUGUUGCGUAACGGAGCGCCGACUUCGGCCAAUAUAUCAUCAGUACUCGUAUCGGUGGCCAAAAAGGAGUGCUUUUCGUUGUCCGCACAGAUGGCCGACAAAAUUGCCAACGAUUGCGAUCACAAUCUUCGCAGAGCACUACUGAUGCUCGAGACGUAUAAUGUUCGCCAAACGGGUCUCAACACUGCCGGCACACACACUACGGGUCUGAUUGAUGUACCGCAACCCCAAUGGCGACAACAGUUGGCCAGUUUGGCCAAAAAGUUAACGGAAUCGCCGUCAAUGAAGAAAGUACUAGAAAUCCGAAGCGCAUUCUACGAACUGCAGACACAUUUGGUACCAAACGAUCUAAUAGUUCGCCAGUUGACCAAAGAUUUGCUGAAGAGAUGUCUGGACGACCCGAUGAAGAGCCGACUGAUGCAAAUGGCCGCCGAUUGCGAACAUUGGAUGCGUUUGGGAUCCAAACCGAUCAUCCAUUUGGAAGCGUUUGCCAUCAAAUUCAUGAACUUAUGGAAGAGUAGUGUCGAUGGCCUACAACUCGAUGAUAUCGAUGGCGAUACGGAUAUGAUGUCUAUUGUCUAUUGAUUGAAAUGUUAAAACAUUUUUUUUAGU